CACACACACACUUGGUUGCCAUGGUGCUGAUGCGUUUGUGUGUUGCUCUGAGUCUGACAGCAGCAGAUCUCCUGUAGACUCUUGGCCUUCUCUGUUUUCCGUGCUGUCCUCCACAAUGCAGAGUGUGUCCACGGCCCGGCAGCUUGGCCCGGAUCAGGUGACCGCUUGUCUUUCUCCUCAGCCUCUCGGCCGGGUUUCAGUUCUCCGAUCUUCAUUACGCUCCUACAAUAUUUAAAAGGGAAAUAGAAACCAGACGCUGGCUCUCCUCGGCCGAGUGUGGUAACAUGAGUUAGCAGUUCCUGUUCCUUCUUUAUGCUGCUUGCAGAACCUUUCAGUGGGUCGGGAACAUGGUCCAAGUCCGGCUUCUGUCAAUAUUCAGCAGGUUCCAGACCUUUCGUAUUAUUAAACUCGUUACUGAGUUUGGUGUUUCAGAUGUUUUGUGGUGUUUUUAUGGUGUGCCUGAGAUCAUGUUAAAACUGAUAUCGUCCAAUCACAAGGCUCUAUGAGAGGGUGUGGGCGUUGUAGGGGCGUGGCCUGAGAGGUACCAUGUAGAUGUUACACCGGGGGUGAAAUGUACAUAACACUUUACAACAGGUUACAAUACGGCUGAAGAUACAAACACUGCAAUGAGAGAAGCUCAGGAGUGCUGUAGAUCUGAGAUCAGGACCGAGUUAAAUCUAAUCUAAAUAAACCCGUUCUGAAUCACACCGAAUUUGUGUGAAGUUGCUCAGAAAAAAACAAUAUUUUCUCAGAUUUCCUGAAAUUCACCUCGAGAGAUUCGAGGAUUAAACCCCUAAUGUGGGUCCUGAUGCUGAUUCUGAUCCUGACUGAUCUCGAUUCUGAUUUCGAUCCUGAUCCUGAUCCUGAUCUCUCUCCCUUUUAAAUAACUUGUAGUUUGUAUUGUUGUCAGACUGUAGAUUCUCCUCUCCAUAGGUUCCUGGUUGGCAGUCUGAUCUGCUCUCCUCAGUAGAUCCUCCUCAUGGUUCCUUGUGGUGUUCUCCGGCGUGAGGUGAUAAUCUGAAGAGCCUGCUGCUUCUGCAUUCCUGUGUGUUCGUACUACCAUGAGCAAUUCCACUUCAUCCACAGCUAAUGGCAACGAGAGCACAAAGUAUAAAGGCGACCAACCGUCCUGUGGCCCCUCUCGUGUCCUUCACGUUCGCAAAGUUCCCAUCGAGGUCUCAGAGGCCGAGGUCAUCUCAUUAGGAAUUCCCUUUGGCAAAGUCACCAACCUGUUGAUGCUUAAAAGCAAAAACCAGGCUUUUAUAGAAAUGGCUUCUGAGGAAGCAGCGAUCACGAUGGUGAACUACUACACCACAGCCACACCUCACGUCCGCAACCAGCCCGUCUACAUCCAGUACUCCAACCACCGCGAGCUGAAGACUGACAACCUGCCCAACCAAGGGAGAACCCAGGCUGCCCUGCAGGUCGUCAACGCAGUGCAUUCUGGGAACAUGACGCACUCGGCGUCCCCUGGCGACAGCAGCAUGAUGCCUGGUCAGAGCCCCGUCCUGCGCAUCAUCGUGGAGAACCUCUUCUACCCGGUUUCUCUGGAAGUCCUUCAUCAGAUCUUCUCUAAGUUUGGAACAGUUUUGAAGAUCAUCACGUUCACUAAGAAUAACCAGUUCCAGGCUUUGCUCCAGUAUGCAGAUCCUAUUAACGCACAUCACGCCAAACUGACUUUAGAUGGACAGAAUAUAUAUAACGCCUGCUGCACGCUGCGUAUCGAGUUCUCCAAACUUACCUCCCUCAAUGUCAAAUACAACAACGACAAGAGCCGAGACUUCACACGACUCGACCUGCCUUCAGGAGAUGGACAACCUACGCUGGAGCCCACCAUGAGCGCCUUCGGGGCUCCUGGGAUUAUCUCCUCACCCUAUGCUGGAGCGGCUGGUUUCGCUCCUGUUGGUUUUCCUCAGGCUGCAGGUCUCUCCAUGCAGGCGAUGCCCGGCGCUCUCGGACCCCUCACCAUCCCCACGUCAGCCGUAGCCGGGCGGAUGGCCAUCCACGGCAUGCCACCUUCUGCCCUUCAUUCCGUUCUCCUUGUCUCCAACCUCAACCCUGACAGUAUAUCUCCACACGGACUCUUCAUCCUGUUCGGAGUGUAUGGAGAUGUUCACAGAGUGAAGAUUCUGUUCAAUAAGAAAGAGAAUGCGUUGGUGCAGAUGGCGGAUGCGACCCAGGCGCAGCUCGCGAUGAGUCACCUGAACGGUCAGCGUCUAUACGGCAGGGUGAUGCGCGUCACCAUCUCCAAACACCAGACGGUGCAGCUUCCUCGCGAGGGUCAGGAGGAUCAGGGGCUGACUAAAGACUUCAGCGGCAGCCCGCUGCAUCGCUUCAAAAAACCAGGCUCCAAAAACUUCCAGAACAUCUUCCCUCCAUCAGCCACGCUGCACCUCUCCAACAUCCCACCGUCUAUUGCAGAUGACAUGCUGAAGGACCUUUUCUCCAGUACAGGAUACAAUGUUAAAGCUUUCAAAUUUUUUCAAAAGGAUCGUAAGAUGGCGUUGAUCCAGCUGGGCUCGGUGGAGGAGGCCAUCCAGGCCCUGAUUGACCUCCAUAAUUACGACCUGGGAGAGAACCACCACCUCCGGGUGUCCUUCUCCAAAUCAACCAUCUAGCAGCGUCCCCUUCCCUCCAUCCCUCCCUCCAUCCCUCUAUCCCUCCCUCAGCACCACCGCUGUUCUGUUCACGGGUUUAAAUCUGAGAGAUGAAGAGUGACUGAUGAACUUCUGUCACUAAAGACAUGAUUUAAAAAAAGAACAAUAAUGAAAAAUACGCAAAAAAAAAAAAAAAAACAGACUUCGGGUAGAUUUAGAGCUUUUAGGGGUUUUAAAGUUAGAGACUACUGUAUGACCUUCAGCUACAGAUGAACUGAAGGCUGUUAUAAAUAUAAUACAAGAUGGAGACGUGUGAGCGUCGUCUCGAAGGCGUUUGAUCUCACAGCCAUUGCAGCACAGCCGUCGCUGGAUGGUUUGAGAGCGGGAGAGAGAAGGAUCUCUGUUUGACUUUGAUGGAGAUCUUUGGAAAAGUUUUGGACGUGAACGUGGAUGUCGACGUGCCUGUAGUGCUAUUUAACUGUUCAACGUUUACCCAGGUGCUCCAUCCAGCCUUCAGAACUGGAGCCUCCUCGGAUAGGCCACACCCUUUUUGAAUAUCUGUGAUGUCAUCACAAGGUGCCGCCGGGUGAACACCCUGUAGCGACGUUCCCUCACCAACGAGAGCUAUCUUUCACGUAGCAGUAACGUGUCCGUGUGAUGAGCGGGGAACAGUUCCUUAGACGCACUCGGGAUCCCUGAAUUCAUCUUGAAAGAUCUGAUGUUCUCCUGUGAAAUGGGUUUUGUUUAAAACAAAAAAAAUAUUGUAAGCGUAUAAAUAGCCUGGUCUGGACCUGCUCGGCCUGCGUUCCAAUGUUCCGAGACGUUUUUAUAGACAAACACAUGCACGAUCAUUCCAGGAAAACACGUCCGGCGUGUCAAUCAUGCUGGAACACACCAGUCAGCAGAGCCUGGCUGUCAGGAAGCCCCGCCUCCUGUCAUUUAAACAUCAUUUUGAAUGUGAAUUAUGUAGCCCCGCCCCUGAUGAAUGAUGAACGAUGAUUUCUGGUUGCUGAUCGAUUCCCUCUCCAUUCGCUGCCCCUCUGGUAAUCACUAGCGUUUCAUUUUUUACAUUCUUUCUUUCCAGGUUUCUAAGAAUCAGAAACCAGUCAAACAGAUGAAUCUGAUUAGAUGGAGGCUAUUUUCUCCCUCUCUUCCUCUCUCUCUUUCUCUCUCAUUCUCUCUCUCUCUCUCUCUCUCUCUCUCUCACCUUGCUGUUCCACCUCCACACGUCCAAACCAAAAUAAGAAAAGAAAAGCGAGAGAUACUAAAAAAAGGGAGAGAAAGUGCAUCUCUGUGGCAGAGGGAGAAAAAGCUUUCGGGUUUCAAUCUCGUGUUCAUGGUGUGGUGAAGCGUGUUAGUGACGUGACGUUAUCAGGUCUUCAGAAAACAAAACGACAAAAAAACUGGUGAAAAGAUGUUCAGUGUGUAAAUUGUGAAAAAAAAAAAAAAACAGGAAAAAGAGUUCAAUCCUGAUAUCCUGAAGAAACAUCAGCCUGCAGGGUUGCCAGGUCUGUGUUAUUCAAAACUUUUAUUCGCUCUGUCAAAAGAUCUUCAUUAUCGUUUCUAUAGUAACAGUUUAUUGACAUUUAAACAUGCGGAGGAUCCGCUGUGGCGACCCCUAACGGGAGAAGCCGAAAGAAAGUUUUAUUAAUGCACACACAUCCAUCCUUCUGUUACGUUGAAGGAAGGAGUCUCCAGUGUCAGUGUGUUCAGAAAGAGGCUGGCAAUUGGAAGCUACUGUAGUCUCACCGACAUAAAAAGUAACUAUAAACAGAUAAAAAUGAAAGAAUGAAAUUAUAAAAUAGUCAAUUAUAAGAGGAACAAAGCGUUUCGGAUAAGCACAGGAUUUUCUGGUGAUGUGAGGCAUUGAAAUGUGAUUUUUUGCGGAAAUAAAUUGAACAUUUUGAAAAGAUUGAAAUAAAUACAGGUCACAAUCUUGGACUUUUUAAUGCACAAAGAGUUAAUAUUUGAUUCAGCAUCCCAGAUGUCAGAUUUACUCUUCUUCUUCUUCUUCUUCUUCUUCUUCUUCUUUCGGCUUCUCCCAUUAGGGGUCGUCACAGCGGCUCAUCUGCAGAUUUGCUCUUCUUAAUUUCUCUUAUUUCUUUUGCAACAUGACCUUUGGGUCGGUGUCUCGUGAAGCCUCAGAUUUUUUCUGAUUGUACAAGAAAUUAAAUACAAAUCCGAGUGAUUCAGUCACACAGACCUGGUAGCCUUUUUUCUCAACACACCUUCACUCACAACGUCAGAUCCUGAUUAGAUGAGAUAAAGAUCAGACUGUUGGUUCUCAGGAUACAGGAUCAGACUCAUCCUCAAAACUUAAGAAUUCCCUGGAGGGCCUCUAGAUGGCGCUGUUCCCUUUCCUGAACAAAUUCUUUUCAUGUUCAACAAAAAAAGAAAAAGAAAAAUAUUAUCCAAAAAGGAAACAUUAAUUUAGCAUUAAAUUAGCAUUGAAAACGAAAUGCAGGGCAGGGGACAGUGUCUUGUCUUUUUUAUUUUUAUUUUUCCCCCUGAAGCGAUCGAUUCUACCCUUUUCGCUCCGACACUUCUGAAAAGAAAAUGAUUUUUUUUUUCUUUGAAGUUUACAGUCUUACAUAAAGCAAAACUAUUCAGGUCUAUUUAUCUUUAACGAUUGUUGAGAUUUUUUGGAGAAAAAAAAGAAGUUACUUAUUUUUGGUAAUUUGUUCUUUUUUAUGGAGAGAAACAAAAUGAAACAACAGAAAACAACAACAAAAAAAACACUCACCGGGUUUUUGUACCACUAUAAUCGUUCAUGACAUCAUGGUGAAAAAAAAUCAUAUUUACUGUGUAUUUACUUAAUUUUCUUAUUAUGUGCCUUAUAAUGUGUUUAUAAUCAAAUAGGUUUUAGAAAAUAUUACCUAAAAUAUCUUAAGUACUAUUUUGUGUGAUUGGUAAGAGGGUUGAUCUGUUUUUUUUUGUUUUUUUUGUUUUGUUUUGUUUUGUUAGAUGUGUAUUUUUGUGGAGACUUCAGUAUUGUGUUUUUUUUUUUUUUUUUUUUUUAAUCAUAAUUUAACGUUUGGUGCUCCAAAGGCACACUGGAGAAACGAGAACGAACGAUUUGAUGUGUAAAAACAAUGCUUGGUGUUAUGCUGUGGGUCUCCGUGUGUGUGUGUGUGUGUGUGUGUGUGUGUGUGUGUGUGUGUGUGUCUCAGCUCGUCGUCUCUGCCUGAUGAAAUGCUGUAAAAUCGAGAGUCUGUACAUCUGCAUUGAAGUGUGUUCUGACUUUUAACAGUACAAAAGUUUGCAGAUCUCCAUUUUUUAUUUAAUAUUUUUAACUUUAACAUUCUAAAAAAAAAAGACACUUUAUACCUAACAAAAUUCAGCCAUGUGGCAAAAAUUUAGGUGGAAAACACUUCUGACUUUUGGGUUUAGAGCAGCGUCAGGGGGCACAAACUUUUGACCAGAUCUUCACUAGUCUCUUAAUAUAUAAAUAUCUCCUACUUCUUUUGACCUCUUGGUAAAGGAUGGUGUGAGAGCUCUGUGGAAUGUCUCAGUGGUGUUCCUGGUGUUCCUUCAGCAGGUUUCUGAGCUCCGGGUCCGAACUCGAAAUUAAGGCGUGUAAUAAUCCUGUGUUUAAUUCACAUCAGGUGUGGAUUCAUUUGGCUGAAAUAAUUCAAAUUCAAUACCAGGGUUGAGGUCAAACUCUUUUAGACACGCCCCUGAUUAGGAUAAGCCCCGCCCCUUCCCGCCAGUGCGUAACUCGUACGUUACUUAUGAACUCGACACUGUUUACGACUGUAAUUAUGUACAUCUCGUUACGUUACAUCCGUAAGGGUGCGCAAACUUUUGCGUUGAGCUGAAUAUUGACUUUAAAAGUGUUUAUUAGGGUGGAGUUUCCUGUAGACACGCAGCACGUGUCACUUCCUGUACAAAAAACAUAACUGAUCGGAGUUCUGAGCCGAACGAUCUGAGAUCUGAGCUGUGUGUGUGUGUGUGUGUGUGUGUGUGUGUGUGUGUGUUCAAUUUAUUUACUGUAUCUUAUUAUCAGAUUGAUUUUUAGUGGGCGUGGCCUGUUUUGUGCUCUGUAGUGAUUUUUUUCUUUAUAUAAUUUUUCCCCUCUUAUUCGUAAGGAUGUGAAAUUGAUAAAGGCGGCUCGGUGUGUGUGUGUGUGUGUGUGUGUGUGUGUGUGUGUUGGUGGUGGUAUGAGCAGCAUGAUGCUGAAUGCUGUACCUGUAAAAGCUUUUCAUUACAAACAGGAGAAAAAGCCAGAUUUUUCAUGCGGCACUAAAAAAGCAGUUCACUCUGAUUCUGAUGACGUUUUUUCUCUCCGUCACUGUUACGUCUUUUUUUUUAAUUAUUUUAUUCCGACAUCAUUUUCAGUCCUGUCUUUCGACUCAGGCAGCAUCGUUCCCACCGUGACGUCAGACGCGUUUCUGUUAAACUCCGCCUACAGUUUUAUUUAAAAAAAAAAAAGGUUUUAUAUGGAAAUUUAACACAAAUAACGCAGGACCAAAGUUUAUGUGCCUUUCAUUCAUCAAUCCACAGCUGCGUGUAACUUCCUGGAUGUGCAUCAGAAAUCAGAACCAUGUUUUUUUUAACUCUAUUUUCCCUCAAACAGAAGGUGAAGCCAUAGAACAUAACAGAGCAUCACAAUAUCUAAUCACCCCCCUCACCCCCCUCACCCCCCACCCCCCCUCAUGCACAGAUGAUUUAAUGUCAUUCAUUUGACCUCUAGGCGUCAUUUCGUCAUCAAAUUUACUCUUAAUACAGUUGAGAUUUUACAAACAAAGAAGCAUAAAUGAAUUAAUUUUCAUCUCAUCCUUACACUAAUUUUAAUUCUAAAAGCUUUAUUAUUACCAAAGGAAUCUGACUCGAAUUGGACUCUGAAAUGCCAUGAGGAUUUUUUUAAAUAAAUAAUUAAAGUUACGGGUUUUUGUGCUUUUAUUACAAAACCUCAGCUUUUUUUUUUUUUUUUUUUUGGGUGGAAUAAAUAUUUGUUAAUUAAUUAUCACCUGGAGUAGGCGGGGCCUCGUUAGCCGAAUAUCAAUUAACAAAUAAAUAAUGAGACUCAUUUCAGUAGCACGAAUUGUUUAGUUGUUUUUGCAAAACAUCGAUUUUUUUCCCUCCAAAUUUCAGUUAUCUUUUUUUUUCCCUCUUUUUGGUCUUCACAUGAUCUGGGCUACAUUUUUAUCGUACUGAAAUUAUAAUAAGGUGAUUUGCAUUAAAAGGGAGGGAUAUAAAAAAGCAAAAAAAAGAAAAAGCUCAACUCAGGCACGACGCACAUACAGGAAGUGCCUGCGUCCGACCUCAUGACCUUCAGCUCGCCUUGAAAAGCCCGUGUUUAUAAACGCCUAUAAACAUUCAUAUGAAUGUUCCACUACCAAAACAAACAAGUGCUUGUAAAUAUGUGCUCCCUUUUUCUUUUUUUCUGUUUAAACCUGGCCGAAAAAAAAGAAGAAAAAUCAACAACAAUCUAAAGGUUUCUGGGAACAAGAUUCAACACAUCAGUUGAUAUGAACUGGUUUUUUAUAUAUUUAUGAAAAUUCAACAUGUUUUUUGUCUUCUGUAUUUUGAUAUGGCAGCAGGACCCGCUUUUUAUUUGUACAAGUCGUUUAUGUGCCGUUUGUGUGGAAAUGAUGGAGAGAUGAGAGGAGGACGGUUUGGGUUUGAUGUAAUAAAAAUGAAAAUAGAAGAUUAAACUAUUAAAGAAACAUAUUUUCUAAGUUUUUGCUGUG